AUGAAACUGAAAAAAUCAUCUGAUAAGAAAUAUGUUCCUCUUAGUAGAUAUGAGAUUUUCUUUGCUUCUCUGGUUGCAGUUCUUAUGUGUGUUUGUGUUGGACUGAUUGUACUUUCUUGGUUAUCAGUCCAGGAGCUGGAACGAGCUGAAGCAUAUGUGAAUACUCAUGGCUAUAUGGGAAUAUUUAAAAUAGUCUCUGGCACAUCUUUCACUCCAACCUUACAAAACAGUUCAUCAGCUGAUUUCAAAGUCCUUGCCUUUGAUGUUGAAAAAUUGAUACAAAAUAUCUUUCAAGAAAGUGAUUUGAAAUACGAAUUUGAGAGAUGUGAAAUUUCCCAGUUCAAGAAAUCUGAAGACGACCGUGACAGAUUGACAUCAGAGACCAGUGUGGUUGUGAUCUUCACUCUUUAUUUUACCCACAUGGUAACAGUUGAAAAAGUCAAAAAUGAGCUGGUUUUGGGUAUCAUUGCAAAUAACACUAAUCCUACCAAGACUUUGAAAAUUGAUGCGAACAGCAUACAAAUCACAGUAGCUGCUGAAAAUCCUACUACACUGAUGCCUUUAACCUCAUCAGUCCAAAUGUCAUUAUAUACCUACAUUUUACCAUACCAGCAACCACGGAGGUGGUCCCAGAGAGUAAGAAGUAGAGUUCUAACCUUGGGUUGUGUUGUUCCAGAUUCAGGAAUACUCACCACCAGCAAGUCCUCAACAACAGUGGCCGAGUGUUUGCCACCUGCUGAACUCUGUGCUGAUGGUGUAACCUGCAUUAGCAAAGAUGUCUUUUGUGAUGGAGUCUUGAACUGCCCAGAUGGUUCAGAUGAAUCCGAAAAAAGAUGUGCUUCUGUUUGUGAUGGAAAAUUCAUGUUGACUGGUUCCUCUGGGUUUUUUCAUUCCAUGAAUUAUCCAAAGCCAUAUAAUGCAAGCAUUUCUUGCCAAUGGAUAAUAAUAGUUCCCCAAGGGUUGUCCAUUAAACUGAACUUCACUUCUUUUGAAACACAACCAUAUACAGACAUAUUGGAUAUUUAUGAAGGAUUAGGACAAAACAAGGUUUUAAGAGCUUCUCUGUCAGGGACCAGUCUUGAAACAAUUUACAUUUUUUCUCAUGAGGCUACAGCACAGUUUAUGUCCGAUUAUUCAGAGAAUUUGAAUGGCUUUAAUGCAACAUACACUGCAUUUAAUGCAAGUGAACUGAACAAUUAUGAGAAAAUCAAUUGCACUUUUGAAGACAGCUUUUGUUUCUGGAUACAAGAUUUAGAUGAUGAUUCAGACUGGGCCAGAGUUCAGGGUCCUACCUUUCCCUUGAUGAGUGGUCCUGAAUUCGAUCAUACAUUUGGCAACUCAUCAGGAUUUUAUAUUUCAACACCCAUCGGACUUGGAUUCAGAGAAGAGAGAGUCCGGAUCCUGAGUUUGCCUUUGGUCCCUUCAGAUACAUAUUGUCUAAGCUUUUGGUAUUUCAUGUAUGGUGAUAAUGUUUACCGUUUUAGAGUUCGCAUAAGUGAUGAGCAUGGUCAGGAAAAGACCAUUUUCGAGAAAGAAGGAAACUAUGGAAACAACUGGAAUUAUGGACAAGUAACUUUAAAUGAAACAUCUGAUUUUAAGGUUAUUCUUGAUGCCUUUAAAAGGAGUGGUCCCAGUGAUAUUGCCGUGGAUGACAUUGGCCUGACGAAGGGAAAGUGUAAUGAAAACAAUUACGUAGAGCCAACUGCGAGGCCAACUGUUGCUACCACCCCUUUAGUUCCUACUGACUGUGGAGGGCCGGUUGAACUCUGGGAGCCAAACACUACAUUCAGCUCUGAAAACUUUCCAAGCAAUUACCCUAACUUAGCUCUUUGUGUGUGGUACUUGAAUGCUGAAAAUGGAAAAAACAUCCAACUUCAUUUUCAGAUUUUUGAUCUGCAAAGUAUUCAGGAUGUGGUUGAAGUCAGAGAUGGCAGAGGACCAGAUUCCUUACUUUUGGCUGUCUACACAGAGAAAGGCCCACUGCCAGAUGUCUUCUCUACAACAAACCAGAUGACAGUGAUCCUCCGGACGGACGAGUCUACAACAGGGAAGGGAUUUCUUGCAAACUUUACUACUGGCUACCAUUUAAGGCCUUGCACAAUUGAUGAGCAUCAGUGUGGUAGUGGGAAAUGCAUCCCAUUGCACAACCUGUGUGACAAAGUACCUCAGUGUGAAGAUGCCUCUGAUGAAGCAAAAUGCAUGAGAUUACUCAAUGGCUCUCUGAGCACUGAAGGGCUGGUACAGGCCAGGAUUGGGAAGAUGUGGCAUCUGGCAUGUGCAGAUGAUUGGAGUGGAGAGAUCUCAGAAAGUGUUUGCCAGCUGUUGGGGUUGGGGGAUGCAAACAUGUCGUCACCUGUAUUAUUCACUGGAGAUGGCCCGUUUGUCACCAUCACCAAAGGAGGAGGUAGCCACAGCCUAAAUUUUACAAAAAGAGAGCACUGUUUGGACAACCUGGUGGUUCAUCUGCAAUGUAACAUUCAAUCUUGUGGAAAACACCUGGUAACUCAGAAUAAUGGAACAAGGAUUGCAGGUGGAAGUGAUGCCAGAAGAGAGGCUUGGCCUUGGAUAGUUUCACUCCAUUUUAAUUUCCGACCAGUUUGUGGAGCUUCCCUCGUCAGUGAUGAGUGGCUGGUGACAGCAGCACACUGUGUAUAUGGGAGACAAUUAAAGCCAUCCCGCUGGCGAGCGGUUCUGGGCUUGUAUAUUCAGUCAGAUCUGACACAGCCUCCAGCAGUGGUUGAAAGCAUCGACAGAAUAAUAAUAAAUCCUCAUUACAUGAAACAAACAAAAGACAGUGAUAUUGCUCUCAUGCACCUUCAACACAAAGUGCAGUAUACAGAUUACAUACAACCUAUCUGCCUACCAGAAAAAAAUCAACAGUUUUUACCAGGAAUUAACUGCUCCAUUGCUGGCUGGGGAAAUACUAAGAAUGAAGGUUCCCCUUCAAAUGUAUUGCAAGAAGCAGAGGUCCCUCUCCUUUCCAAUGAAAAAUGCCAGCAAUGGUUGCCAAAAUAUAAUAUUACUGAGAAUAUGCUUUGUGCAGGAUAUGAGAUGGGAGGAAUAGACUCCUGCAAGGGGGAUUCAGGUGGCCCUCUGACAUUCAAAGAUGGGGACAAGUGGUUUUUGGUUGGUGUAAUAUCAUUUGGCGACGGGUGUGCAUUUCCCCAGCGCCCAGGAGUGUAUGUUCGAGUCACCAGGUUUGUGGACUGGAUCAAAAACAUCAUCUAUUAG